CACCUGUCAAGGUUGAUAGAUCGGUAAUGCCGCCAUGAUGACUCUUGAUUGUGUUGAACACAAAGCGUGUCGUAUUUGUGUCGUUGCCAGCUCGCGCUUCGCUCAGUGUUCCGCAAAACAUUCACGAAACAACGGUCUCUGCACGAGAUUAAAAUCGCCAUCCGAAGUAGCGAGUAUGUCUUCGAGAGGACUCCAGGACGGGUCGCGGUCACCGCUCAUAAUAACGGACUCCUUUUUCGAUGACGGUGGUAGUGAAAGUCCUACAAGUACUGUCGGAGCGGAGGCGCCACGAGAGCUACCCAACGAGUUAUCAGCGCCCUAUGAAGUCCCACAGUUCCCGAUUGAGCAGAUUGAAAAGAAGCUCCUCAUACAGCGGCAGCUUAAUGUCAAGGCUGCAGAAUGCGGUCAGUCAGCGCGGUCAUUCGCCGGCAGCGAGGCGGGCGGGGCGGCCUCCGUGCUGGAGGAGGCGGCCCGUCUGCGCGGAGACGACGAUGACUUCGACGUCAUCCUGCCACACUUUCAGAGGGUGGCGAUAAGCGGCGAGGACACGUCGGGGGUACCGCUGGAAGACUUGCAGCAGGCGUCAUCGUACCUGGUGCAGGCGCUGGAGAUCCGCAAGCGGUACAUGGACAUGUCGCAGCAGAGCUUCGCCAGCAUCACGGCGCGCUUCCUGCGCAGCAUCGACUCGGAGGCCGCCGCCAACCACGCGCCCGUCGUGCGCGUGCCCCGGAACCACAUCGCCGACCACAUCGUGCACCCUCCAUUCAAGGACAACAAGGAUCCCUGGGAAGGUCCGACGCCAGACGCGAAGGGCUACCUGAUCAGACCCGACAACGGCGUGUUCAACUUAUAUAAGAAGAAAGAGGACGGGGAGCAGAGGGUGCCCUACGACUACAUCAACUUGGCUCAGUACAUCCAGGACAAGAACACCAUGUGCAACAUGAUGUCCGAUGGCCCUCUCAAGUCGUUCUGCUACCGGCGCCUGAGCUACCUGUCGUCCAAGUUCCAGCUGCACGUGCUGCUCAACGAGCUGCGCGAGCUCGCCUCGCAGAAGGCCGUGCCGCAUCGGGACUUCUACAACAUACGGAAAGUGGACACGCACAUACACGCCGCGUCGUGUAUGAACCAGAAACACCUGCUACGGUUCAUAAAGAAGACUCUCAAGACCCACGCAGACGAGGUGGUGACACUGCACAAGGGCACGCCGAUGACCUUGAAAGCGGUGUUCCAAUCCAUGAACCUCAGCACGUACGACCUGACCGUGGACAUGCUGGACGUGCAUGCGGACCGGAACACGUUCCACCGCUUCGACAAGUUCAACGCCAAGUACAACCCCAUCGGGGAGAGUCGCCUGCGGGAAGUGUUCCUCAAGACGGACAACUACAUGAACGGGAAGUACUUCGCCAGGAUCAUUAAGGAGGUGGCGUCGGACCUGGAGGAGAGCAAGUACCAGAACGCGGAGCUGCGGCUGUCCAUCUACGGCAAGAGUGCGGGCGAGUGGGCCAAGCUGGCCCGGUGGGCCAUCGCCUACCACGUGCACUCCGACAACGUGCGCUGGCUCAUACAGAUACCGCGCCUCUACGACAUCUUCAAGUCGAACAAGAUAAUGAACAACUUCCAGGAGUUCCUCAGCAACAUCUUCCAGCCUCUCUUCGAGGUCACCAACGAUCCGAACAGCAACCUCGAGUUACAUAAAUUCCUUACUCACGUGGUGGGCUUCGACAGCGUGGACGACGAGUCCAAGCCCGAGAACCCGAUGCUGGACGCCGACGUGCGCUUCCCGCAGCACUGGGACGACGAGGAGAACCCGCCCUACUCCUACUACCUCUACUACAUGUACGCCAACAUCACCGUGCUCAACCACUUCCGGAAGGAGCAAGGGUUGAACACGUUCGUGUUGCGACCGCAUUGCGGCGAAGCGGGCCCCGUUCAGCAUCUCGUGUGCGGGUUCAUGCUGGCCGAGAACAUCUCGCACGGACUGCUGCUGCGGAAGGUGCCCGUGCUGCAGUACCUGUACUACCUGGCGCAGAUCUACAUCGCCAUGUCCCCGCUCAGCAACAACUCCCUGUUCCUGAACUACCACCGCAACCCGCUGCCCGAGUUCCUCGCGCGCGGACUCUGCAUCACGCUCAGCACGGAUGACCCGCUGCAAUUCCACUUCACCAAGGAGCCGCUGAUGGAGGAGUACAGCAUCGCGGCGCAAGUGUGGAAGCUGAGCUCGUGCGACAUGUGCGAGCUGGCGCGGAACUCCGUGCUCAUGUCGGGCUUCCCGCACGAGAUGAAGCAGUACUGGCUGGGCCCCAACUACACCAAGGAGGGCGUGGCCGGCAACGACAUCACGCGCACCAACGUGCCCGACAUCCGCGUGUCGUUCCGCUACGAGGCGCUGCUCGACGAGCUCACCAACAUCUUCAAGGAAGGAUUGUCGAGCCGCAGAUAAAUACACCGAGCGCAUACUACUUACAUAGCGUCGAUAUUAACCGAUUUAAUCAUGUCUGUACCCGACAUUAACAGCGGAGCCCCACUGAUGUCAUAUAUUAAUAUAGGAUAAGAUUUCCCUCGAUGUGAUAAUUCGGUGACUGUAAGACAAGUGCCAUUCACUGUAGUUAGUUGCCACGGGACACAGAGUGUACUAGACGACUAGAGGUGACGCGGACGCUAAUUAGGCACCGACUUGCACGUUACUUAAAGCCGCCUUCGCCGUCUAUGAAAUUAUAACACUUUAGUUUAUAAAUAAUACGAAUAAUAAUUUAUUAUAAGUGGAAAUAAAGAUCAAAAUAUUUUUGAUGUGAAACUUGUAUAUGCGCGCUGUAUAUGUGGAGGUUUGGCGCUCUCUUAAGUAAUCGCGCUCCCUCUCCGCCGCCACCCCCUUGUGUUUCCGUGUGUGCGUGCUGCGUAUACUUUAUUGAUGAAUAUUAUGUUGUACGUAGCCCAAUAAUAUGCACAUUUCAUCAACUAGUUUAAAUAUAUAGCAUUUGUUAUAGAAACCAAAGUACACUUUAAUUAUGUAGACUUACAAGCAGUUCAAGAAUUACUGACAAAAUUCCAAUUCAACAAAACAUCCAAUAUUAUUAAAAUUACAUUAUAUAUCAAUUUACAGUAGAAUUACUAAGCACGAUGUGUCUACUUAUUAAAUAAAAACAAUUCUUAUUCGAAUGAUUUCAAUCAAACAUGGCGUCCAUAUUUGUCCUUGACAUUUCAUUUCACGGUCCUUCGCGCGUAAACGUAUCUUCUAUUACACUCUCUGUUCCGUGGUCGUUAGAAUAACUUAGGCUAGAUGACUGACAAUAUAAAAAAAAAAUCAAAUUAUACAAUCGCCUUCCCCGUUGUUUGACUUGUAGUUGACCUUUUUGUCUGUGAUCUAAUUUUAUUUAUUUCAACUGACGUUUCCAAUUAAACAUCAAUGUUAUACAAGUAAUCUCUAUAUAAUGUAAUGUAGAUUAAAAAUACUUAUUUGUUAAAUUUAUUUAUGAUUUAAAAGGAAUUGAAAGUUAUUACAUAAUAUAAUACAAAUAUUUAUGUUUCAUAGAGCUUAGAACUUUAACCAUCAAACGUUUUAAAUAGCAAUAAUAAAUAUUGUUAAUUUAUAUUUCCAAUUUUUUUUUUAUAAGAUGUAUUUUUUCCAUCUUAAAUUUUACACAGAUCUUUUCUAAAAUAUUAUUCCAUUAGUAUUAGAGUUAUUACAUGUGUCACAUUUGAAACGUACUUAAAUAUAACUUUGAUAUGUAUUUAAAAAAAACUUGUUGCAUUUUUGAUGAUCCUUCUGAGUUCUGUCAAUGAGUACUUUAACUUAAUGUCCGGCCGCUGAGAGAAUACCUUUCUAACAAAUCCGUGUCCAUUCCGUCACGUGUAACUUUUACGUUUAAACUGGCGUAGAAUUCAUAACAAAAAUAUGGUUAUGGUUUACUUGUCCUAUAUCAAAUAAUCUCGUUAAAAACUAUAUCAUGAUUUUAAAUUUAAAAUAAAAAAUUACCGUUUUUUUUAUUUCACAUAAGUGUAAAAAAAUAAACGGAAUUAUCUGUGGAUAUCCCACAGGGUGACUGUACUGCUACCUAAUAGCGUUAAGUCAACUUUAUAUUAUUUGUAAUAAUGGUAUCACUAGUCGUGACAAAACUGACAAAUGUCGGGACCAAUUAUUCCCUAAGCGGCCAGACUACACUAUGAGUUUUUACCGUAAACAAAAAUUACUAUUAUGAAGUCUAAUCAUAAUGAAAUUAUAAUAAAUUACUAAUCAUUUUGAGAAAUACUUGAGACUUACAAUUACUUAAUGUAAGAAAUGCACUUGAAACUAAAUAUUGUAUGUGAUUUUUGUUCCAAUGUUUGAACCAACGUUUUCGCUUGUGAUGCUUGCUUCUGUCAUUGAGCCAUUGUAUGUUUAUGCUAAGAUCACCUUCAUAUUAUCACAGUUGACAGCAGCUUCAUCGUUUCAUUUCACGUUUGAUGUGAAACUGGUCUUAGUUCUGAUCGAAUCGACUUCCAUUGUUUGUUGUAAAGCUUUCGUGUAUGUUUUUCUUAUUGGGGAUAUUUUUAGAAUGCUUACAAUGUUCUCGGCAUAGACAAUAAUACUUUAUUCUUCAUGGUUAAUAACUAAAUAUUCAAAUAUAAAGUUUCUUAAUUUAACAAUUAAGGUUGACAUGUGCAUUUUAGAUUAAAGAGUUUUUAAUUUUUGAAGGUUUUAAGUAAAUUACCUAUGUACAUAAUUUUGCAGAGGUCAGCAGCCAAUUUAUAGACAGUCUAAAGAAAUCCCCAAGAUACAAUAUAUAAGAUAACAUAUAAUCUAUAUUUAGUUCCAAAUAAGUUAUGAAGCAUAUUAUUGUAAAGUUAAUGUACUUAACCAAAUUAGAUGGAAAUUAUAUAAUGAAUUCGAUACAUAACGUAUCUGAUUUACACUUUAUACACGAGAGUGAACGUUAUCAUGUUGUUGGAAAUAAAAUUGCUCACACGAAA